AUCUAAUAAAACAAUUUAUUUUUCUUCUCAUUUCGAUUAGUAUUUAUCAUUACGUACAUGAAAACUAUUUCUUUCAUGUGCAAAUAAAGUUCUGAUUUGUUAAUGACAACGAACAACGUAAACGACAAUGUACAAUUCCUCAUGUCAAUGAUAUCUUCUAUCACUUCAUGUGAACUCGAGGGACUAAAUGAGUGCCCCAGACCAGCAUAUAUGCGUUCUGUGCAAUGCGAAGUUUAAAUCUAAAAGUGUGUUGCAGGAACACUUCAGAAAACAUGGAAAGGAGUUAGACUUGCAAGGAAGGCCACUUAAUAGGGAUGACAUGACCUAUAUUACUCAAUGUGACAUAUGUCUAAUAACAUUUAAUAAGACAAGUACAGCAAUAAACCAUAGGUUCAAAGUACAUCCUAAUGCACCAAUAAAAUUUUACUGUCACUAUUGUGGAAAGCUGUUUCCUGUAAAGACUCAUAGAGACAAUCACCAACUUUCACAUGAUAUAUCUGAAAGUGAAAGAAAGGAAGAUCAUAGAAAGUGCAAAGAAUGUAAUGUGUUAUUUUACAAUGAGAAGGCUCUGAAAUAUCAUUAUCGUUGUGUUCACCAAACAAUGGCGCAUUUGCUUCAACCUUUAACCACUUCUCCUCCCAAUAACAAGGUUAAAAUAAACUCCAUGAAUAACAUGAUAAACAUGUACUAUUGUCAUUUAUGUGGCAUUGAGUAUCUUAGAAAAUACAAUCUACAGCGACAUCUGAAGAGAAUACACAUGCAAAAUGAUGAUGUGCCCCUGCCAGCAGAUGUGAUCAAGUGUACAGUAUGCUCAGCUGUAUUUUGUAACAGAAAGGCCUAUGCUGUUCAUAACAGAUAUCAUAAUCCAAGUGACUUGUACAUCAUCGCUGAGGAGCAGAAACAUAAUAUAAUAAAAAAAGAGUUUGAUAUUAAAGUGGAAACCACAACUAAUAAACAUGUACGAUUGAAAAAUCCUAAGAGGCAGAGAAGGUGUAGAUGGAAGAAUGUGGAAGCAAAGGAAAUAAAACUAGAAAUGAAACAGGAAGUAAAGCAGGAAAUAAAAGAGAUCAAGCAGGAAUACAUGUCGUUUUCUGACGACGAAGCCGCGUGUACCAAUGGUUCUACGAGUCCAGUAACUUCGAGAGAAAUUUGGUGUUGGAACAAAGAAUUUCCUUCAGCUAACGAUAGUUUCUUCGAUAAUUGUGAAAAGAUCCCAUCUGUUUUUCAAGAAAACUCUGUUACGUGAAAAAUUUACGCGAGCCACGUGAUCAUUGCUAACUUAAUUUGGUAUUUUUAUAUUUAUUCAUUUUUUUCUUACGAUUAUUAUCAUGAUGAAUUGCAAUAUUGUGACGUAGAAAUAUGAAAUUUCAGAGGACAACACAGUGGAGUAUAUCGCGUUUUUAAUCUGAUGAGUAGUCUUGUGAUUAUAUUCUUCCAACCAUGAUUGCAUCAUAAAUAUGGUUAAAGAAAUGCUACAAUUCUUAUUGCAAUUUAAUUCUAGAAUAAUAAUUUGCGAUUGUUCCUCUUUUUUUCUAUUUCUAGAUCACUUUUAGAUUUUAUAUUAUUAUGAUAGUGCCACAGAUUUUAUUGUAAAUAUUAAUAUAUUUGAAGUCGAUUUAUCUAUUAAUCUUGAGUACUAUACAUAAGAUUUAUAUCUUUAUAUGUAAAACAUAUUUAGAGAUAUAUACAUUGUAUAUGUAUAUAUAUAUCUGCGACACUGUCGAGGAACAGUUAUUAUUUGUAAAUGUCUUUAUAACAUAUUUGUGAUAGAAUCUAACAAUGUUUCAUAUAAUGUAAAAGUUUAAUAGCAAUUGUGUUUUUAAUCACUAAGCAUUCGCUAACCAGUGUAAUUAAUAUAAUAUAUUUUGCUUUGAGAUAUUCAGAAAUCAUAAGACUGUUAUAACUAAAAGUUCAAGAGAUGUACAGUGUGGUUUUUCCUUCACUACAAAAUUAUUAUAUUGUUUGCUUGCAUAUUAGUUACAUUUUGUGUAUUUUGUAUUCAUUCUUUUUCUCUAAAGUGUAUAGACAUAUCUAUUUUCAAUUAAUAAUGUCAAUAUCUGGGUACAAAGGUAUCAGUGGAUUAGGUUAGCUACUAGUUAUUGCCUCGUUUCUUAAAUUACGGAUCGAAUUAGGUAUCCGAUUAUUUUAUACGAUAUCUGGGAGCUGAAUAACGGGAGUGUUGAAUUAUCCUAGAAAUGACUCUAGAAAUUGUUCUGUUUAUAUUGACAGUUUUAUUUAAAAUCCGAAAAGUACCGGAGAACCAG